AUGUGGACGCAGCAGACACACGACAUUUGAGCUUCUAAAAUACCCAGUGACAGGAAUCUAAAUCACGAUCUAUCGACGGCCCUACCAUUCAAUACCAUAUAAUGGCACAUUUAUGAGAGAAAUAAUACGGAAGAGAGCUGGGAAAGGGCACAAAAAAGGCCCAAACUUGUGAGAUUAACGGGUCUCAUGGCCACAGACAGGCGAGUUGUCAACACACCAAAUAUUCUAUCCAUUUAAAUCAACACAAAAAUAUGAAUUCGAAAGUGUCACAAUACUUCAUUAACAAAUACAAGGUAUGGAAAACCCACCGACGCUUGACACACUAAGCUUGCUGUUGUUUUUUUCCACAUUAAUGCAUGGUGUGAAGUUCUCUCCUUAAAAAGGGACUCGAAAAGCACACAGCACCUCGUAGAAUGGCCAAAAAAGCAGAAAAUCGGCAGAAAUUCGUAACGUUGCAACUGCCACGGGAGCGAAUGUCUCACCUGCGAUAAAGAUUCGCUUCCCUCAGACCUCUCCUGCUCUCCUUCGGGAUAAGUGAGGCGCUCGGUGGUUUGUGGUGUGGUUGUGUGUGUUCUCGAGGAGGUUUAACGUAGACUACAACUAUGGGUGCUCCUGAUAUACAGCUGCCAAGCGUAGGGCCCGAAGAAGCAGAGGCGCCCUUGUAUGACCCAGGACUCCUCGCCAAGCUGGACUGGUCAAAGGUCACCCACAUGAAAGGCGGGGUCACGAACCACGCGCCGGGCGAGGGGCUUCGGGUCAGGCCUCUGUGUAAGGCUGACUAUGACAGAGGGUUCCUGCAGUUGCUGAGUCAGCUGACCAAAGUGGGUGAUAUCUCCAGGGAGAAAUUCAAUGAGCGCUUCGAGGCCAUGAAGAACUGCCCAGGACACUACUACGUGACUGUGAUCGAGGACACGGACCAGGGCAAGAUUGUGGGAUCGGCGACGCUGUCCUGCGAAUUGAAGUUCAUCCGCGGCUGUGCGAAGAGAGGCCGAUUGGAAGAUGUUGUAGUAAAUAACGAAUAUAGAGGCAAACAACUUGGAAAACUGAUUGUAUCAACGGUCACUCUCUUGGCUAAUCAAGUUGGCUGCUACAAGAUGGGGCUCGAUUGCAAGGACGAAAUGAAGCCUUUCUACGGCAGCAUUGGAUACACAAGCGAAAAGGGAAAUGACAACACUAUGAUUAUUCGAUUUUGACUACAGCCCAAAACUGAGAAGUCACAUUUGUAAGAUAAUGCUUGUUUAGAUAAAUAAAUAAAUAUAUAUA